AUGUUCUCGCGCGGUCAUCCGUGUCUGAGAAGACGUGGUCUAUCCGCCGUCUUGGACAACAUCGCCGCUGGCCCCGAAGAACCCUUACUCUUUCUCUACCCUCGCUGGUUUACAUCGACCUUGCGAAAAGAAAUAUCAAUAUCGUCAAUAAAGUAUACUCCCUCCGGAAAGGAUCCGCUGCGCUCAGUUCGUCCCGUCCUCCGAGUGUCGUCUCGUCGCCGGAAAUCGUCCUUCGGCAUUCUCACACGGCGAUGGAUAUCCACUCACUCCGCUGUCGGGACCGGUCUUGCCGAGCCAGCUGGCUCACUGCCCGGACGUAAAAAUGUUGAGCAUACACGGAGUAUAGGACCUACGCAACCACAGGGAAUAGAAAGCACCGGCGAUAAAGGUGGAAGCCAUGACACUGUACUCAGCGAAACGGGCUCCCGUGCGGACCACGAGUCGUCAACAUCGCUGCAUACAUCGGAAACACCAGGCGAAAAGUCACUGAAUGCCACAAGAGAGGACCGGCGGCCGUUCAACAUCUUCACGAACACGCAAACGAACUUCCCGGCCAAGGACAAAGCGAUCGGAGUCAUGGAAAGCUUGUCGAUUAGGGAUCGGAAAAAAUUGAGAUAUAGGCUUUAUCUUUCGCGGAUGGGCGGGGACCAUGGGUCACGAGAUAAAUGGGGUCGGUGGACCAGAGUGGGAGACUUCUUGGAAGAGAUGCAACAGGAGUCUCGGCUGUGGCCCAAGAAGGGGCCGGUGCAAAAGGAGCUCCUUAUACCGGAGGAAACAGUAGCGCUCAUGGCGGGCAUCACGGACAUGGCGAUGAAGGAGAAUGUCUGGUAUGUGCCGGUUCGCAACGGGUGUCGUGUUCAUGUGUUGCACCCUCUAGAGAGCGAAGGGCAGCAUAGGAAGGUCAUUUUGUCAGGUUCGAAGCGGAGUGUGGAAUUGGUCGGGGAUCACAUCAUGCGGGCACGAAUGCUACAGGAACAGGGUGACCCUCUAGUCGACAUAAGGAAGCCCCCCAUUCCGGUUUACCCCUCCAUCGAGGCCAUGCGACGCAAGAAUCUUCCGGUUCCACUUGUCCGAGGUGUCUGGGACUUUUACCAGGCGUUCAAGCAACCUGCACCACUGGACACACUUCUCAAUUUGUCUGCCAAAAUAUCGAGUGUCAGGGAGUUCGCUGAACAUGUGGAGGAACUGACCCGAUCUCGGCCGUCCUCAAAAGUCAUUAGAGGGAAACCGGGUACUCAUCACCGUGAGCGAGUGGCUGCUGCGCUUGUCGCUCUUUUCCAAAAUGACGCAAACCGCGAGUAUUUUUCGACUGCAGCAUUGAAUAGAGCACUUUCAUAUCUGUUCGACAAUGAAAUCUUGGACGACGCUCGCGCGGUUUUCAUCAGGGCAGAACAUGUCGCGACAGUUGAUACGUUUAAUAUGCUUCUGAAAUCCGCGGCCAGGAGACAGGACAUCCAGGUCUUUCGUGGUUUCCUCACCUCCAUGUCGCGAAUGCACAUCCGACCGAACCCCUACACCUGGCUCGCUUUCCUUGAUUGUCUCGUCUCCCCCAAUGCGAAAGCAAGUCUUGUCAAUUUUAUGCUGCAGAAGGGUUACUUGUCGGACUCUGGUGCGAUGCGGACGGCAUUGCAUUUAACGAUACAAGAUACAUUCUUGGCGCAUUUACAGAGCGGUAAAAGUGUCGACGCUUUUUUUAAUAUGAUAAUCGAUACAUACGGGGCCAACUGGUUUUCCCCGACUCUGAUCAAUCAGAUGUUAAGUGUCACCGUGCGAUUGAGAGACUACGAUGCAAUUGACCGGUUGCUUGGAAUAUGCGAGCAGCAAGGCUUUGCGCUCGACAGCGCCACUGUCAACUCGAUCCUGCCCUUGUUCCGCUCUGAUAUCCAGUGCGCUCUUCGAUACAUGUUUCGUUGUCUGGAUCACCCCGAGACGCAGUUGGACAAAAAAGCGUGGGAGAUGCUUUUUCUAAUUGCUUUCAAAGGCAGAAAUUACAAUAUCUGUCGGGUGCUAUGGCGGUAUGCUUGCAUGCACAGACAGGUGACAUACAAGAUGAAGCAGUCUGUUCUGACCUCACUGGCACGGAAUGUGCCCCGGAACAAAGGAGACGUGAUUGAUAAUGUUUGGAGCACUAGUGCCGGCAAUGUCAUUGUUGGUGUUGAUUUUGAUCAGUCCGUGUAUCCCUUCGACGAUGCUAUUCUGGACAAUGUGCCGGACGAACAUCUCGACAAUCCGGUGGCUUAUCUUGCGUCCGGUUAUAAGCCAGGUGGGGAAGAACGUGCAAAGCAACUUAGUCUCGCCUCAGCGCUUGUGAAGCGUGAUAUCGAGAUUGGACCUCGAUACCAGCCGUCUGUGCCUUUUCCCAUCAUGCUGGAGGCCGCCGCCGUGAUGGAUCGUGGAUGGAAGGGCAUCCCAAGACCAACGCAAUGGGUCCUGCAGAAUUCCAUCCACAUACCUGUGCGCAAGGCGGACCUCUUCGCCACCCCUGCAUAA